AUGAACCGCGGUCCUGGAGCGGCUGGAGAGACAGAAUCCUGGGUUUUGCACCGGGAGCUGAAAAUUAUGGCUGAGAAUGUAGGGGCUACUAGAGAUGGGAACCCGGUUCUCAGGAUACCAGGGUUCAGCGUUCUCAAAUUGAAAGCGUUGAACUUCAAGUCUUACCUCGGGCUCGACCAAGGUGAGCAGGACCCAAGUGGCGUAGCAGCAUACGGGAGAGUUUUUAAGUUUCCGACGGCCGAGAAGCCCAGAGCCUGCGUGGCGGUGAAGGGCAUUGAUGCCCGGCUAAUUCCGCAUUUAUGUUCCAGAGAUGUGGUAGCGGUCGAGCUGGAUGUCAAUGCUUCGGGAAGCAGGAGGAAGGUGGUGGUGUGCUCCGCGUACUUUCUUCACGUUGAGGGGGGUCCGCCGCCGGCAGGACCGGUGACCAGAUUGGUGGAGUACUGCCAGAAUGAGCGGCUUCUCCUGAUAGUGGGGUGCGAUGCUAACUCGCAUCGCACGGUUUGGGGAAGCAUGUAUACCAACGACAGAGGUAGGAAGCUAUUGGAAUUUAUAGCGUCAACAGAUCUGGAGAUUCUUAAUAGAGGUAAUGAAUCCACCUUUUGCACGGCGCUGAGAAGAGAGGUUCUCGAUCUUAUUGUCUAUUCUAGGCAGAUCAUCUUCGGGAUGGCAUGGGCUAGAGGGGAGGUGUCGAAGUUCAGGAAUCCCAAGAAAACCGAUAGGGACUCCUAUCGGAACGACCUGAAAUGUUAUCUCCAGGGCUUCCCAAGGAGGCACGGAACCAAGGAGGAACUGGAGCUCUGUGUGGAUCAUCUGCAGAGGGCUCAGGUUGAGAGCUACAAAAAGAACUGCCCAGAAAGGGCGGUUAAGAACUCCAGGGGCAACUCUUGGUGGAGUCCCAAGCUGCAGGAGCUCAGAAGUGUAGCUCGGAGAGCCUGA